GAUUUUGAUGUCUGGCACCAUUUUGCUCUCAGUGUUAAUAUCAUUACUGGUAUUCGGUAUUUCGUCAUGGAUGGGAUAUAUUUUUCAACUUGGAACAGCAGCAUACAUACCUCAGUCACAAACAAGAUGAAGCUUACUUUGGGAGCUMYCAAAAAUUUCUAUGGGUACAUUAAGAGAAUCUUGGUCAUUAAAAAAGCGUUGGAUAUCAAUGAGAUUCAAACAAUUACAUCUUGGAAUGAGGACGGCCCUUGGAUUGGUCUGAACGACCAAGAAGACACCAGCAAAUUGAGUUGGUCUGACGGUACCCAUGUUGUCCAGCCCAUACCAUUCCUUACAGACAAGCCUGAACCAGCCAUCUCUCUACGGAAGUGUGUUCUCCUUGGUAAAAAUGGGAAGUGGUUGGAUAAAUUGUGCAACAUGAAGAAUUCAUUCAUCUGUGAGAAGCGGAUAACUUAUUAAGUAGCUGACUAAACUUGAUAAGUGAACACUUUCGAUUU